CACAUAUCACAUGUUUGCGCGUUGGUGCUGGAGCUCUUGGAUUUUCCUAGGAGCGUCAGUUUACAGUUGACGAUAGGUGACGGGACCAAAACAAAUCUAUAUUGGGAGUCCCAGCUGUCAAACGCGAAAACCUAAACAGGUGGCUUCUCUGGAUACGUAGCCUACGCGUCAAGGCGAAUACACUAACAGCUUGCCCCGUCUACUUAAUCUCCUGCUGACGACAGUUUUUCUGAACCUAUAGCCCAGAAUUGCAGCAAAGAGUGCAGCGCUGUCUUGAGCCGCAGAUAAGCUGGACUGUUUUGUUUUCCCAAACUAACAGCAGCUUCUUCCGUUGAACACCUUCUGCUGACACCUAAGUGAUUUGCGAAGAGGACCGAAGGCAGAACACGAAGCCCACGCUGUCGGAGGAGUCUCUUGUGAUGCGCUCGAGCAGAGCGUUCACCUGGAUUUCGUAGUUGUGGAACUUCGCGUACAAUGCGUACAGCAUAUUAACACUGGAAUGGUAAAGAGAGCACCGAUAUCAUAACGACAUGUUUCCUGAAAUUAAUACAAAGUCAACGAGACCUGAUGUCUUCCCCCACCCUCAGAGAUUUCCAACUGAUGGCAACAGGCUGGGAUCCAGCAGGCCCUAUCAGCAGAAGUUUGGCACAGGCGUAGGCACGCUUCCCCAGCUGGAAGCGCCCGUCAAGCAGGUGGCGGUCAGCAAUGCCAAGGGCCAGCACCAGUCCGACAGCAUCCUGCCCCACAUCACCAACAAGGGGACACAGAACAGCCACCAAACGCAGCAGGAGGAGAGGCCGAGGGUCUCUCAGUUCCACACACGGUUCAGCACCUCCACGGAGAACCUGUCUGAAUCCAAUAGCACUAAGAGCCUCUCCAACAAGCUGGAGAAGGAGAAAUCCUUUGAGGGUCUGAGGCUGCCCAUGUCACCCACAGAGGUUCUGCAGAAUUUCCAGGAGCGGCUGACCGAGUUCGAGCAGGAGGAGAUCAUGGAUUACUCUGAGAUCUGGUACCUGGGCCUGGACUCUAAGAAGAUCGAGGGAACCCAGGGGACUCCCCAGAACUGUGGCUAUGACGACGAGCAUGGCAGCUACAUCAAGGUCCUGCACGACCACAUUGGCUAUCGCUUUGAGGUGCUAGAGGUGAUUGGAAAAGGAUCAUUUGGACAAGUCCUGAAAUGUCUGGAUCACAAGACCAAUGAGCUGGUGGCCAUAAAGGUCAUUCGCAACAAGAAAAGGUUUCACCACCAAGCGCUUGUGGAGCUGAAAAUCCUGGAUGCGAUCAGGAGGAAGGACCGAGACAACUGCCACAACGUUAUCCACAUGAAGGAGCACUUCUACUUCCGAAACCACCUCUGUAUCUCCUUCGAGCUCCUGGGAGUGAACCUGUAUGAGCUGAUCAAGAAGAACAACUUCCAGGGGUUCAGCGUGGGACUGAUCCGCCGCUUCGCCCACGCGCUGCUCAAGUGCUUACAGAUGCUGCACCGGGAGAAGAUCAUCCACUGCGACCUCAAACCGGAGAACAUCCUUCUGGCACAAAAGGGUCAAGGGAGCAUCAAAGUGGUUGACUUUGGGUCCAGCUGUUAUGAGCAACAGAGAGUGUACACCUACAUCCAGAGUCGUUUCUACCGCUCUCCAGAGGUGAUACUGGGCCAUCCCUACAGCAUGGCCAUCGAUAUGUGGAGUCUGGGCUGCAUCUUGGCUGAGCUCUACACGGGCUACCCCCUCUUCCCAGGAGAGAGCGAGGUGGAACAGAUCGCUUGCAUAAUGGAGCUGCUGGGAUUGCCCCCAAAUGAGUUCAUCCAGACAGCGUCAAGAAAGAGGCUGUUUUUCGAUUCCAAGGGCAACCCUCGGAAUAUCACAAACAGCAAAGGGAGGAAACGACGUCCCAACUCCAAAGACAUGGCCAGCGUGUUAAAGACAAGCGACCCCCAGUUUCUGGACUUCCUCAAGCACUGCCUCACGUGGGACCCCGCCAAGCGCAUGACCCCCGAUGAGGCCAUGCAGCACCAGUGGAUUCAGGAUCUUCGGCUCUACAAGGCCCGCCCCAAAACCCGUCCCGUGAGGAAGCCGGGCGAGAACUCGAUCAGCACGGAGAGCAACAGCGAGCACGCGGUGCGCAAAGCGGCCAAUAACAGGACAGCCGAGAAGGCGGUGUCUGACGGACUUGACAAGACCAAGAGAGAGAAUUCUGGGAAGGGGGGCAAGAUCACCGCUGCGGAACGCCUGCGGCCCAUCGGGGCGUCCGCGGAGGAGGAGACGCGGGAGGGCGGGGCCAGGGACGUUAGCGAGAAGCCAGACGCCGGGGGGGAGAGGCCGGUCCACAUCAUCAUCAAACCCCAGCUGGAGCCGGACACCGACGCGGCAGGCCAGGAGCAGGCUCAGUGCCUGCCCCCCAUCAUGUGACAGCCGGGGGCGUGGCCACGCUGCAGCACUGGCACACAGGGAAAUCUGAACAGCACCCUCAGCGGUCAGAAAUAACACACAGGGGGGCGUGGUUUAGUGGCUUCAUAUUUUGUGGGGUUUGGCCAUCCGAUUUGGGUUUAUUUUUAUCAAGGAGAGAUUAAACCAAUAAAACUCUGCAGCAGACAUGAUUAAGUUUACUGCAGGGAGUUGGCUGGCGGAUUCUAACGUGAUAACACAGCAGAAAUCACUCACAUAUUUUCUGUCUCCUGUUGCAUUUCAGUUUAUAUUGAUUUUGUAUUAAGUAGUUUUGGUCUAAAUCUGAUCUGCUGGCAGUCAUGUAAAAAAGUGUGAACACUGCUUAUAUUUUUCUCUAGAACACACACACACACACACAUAUAUAUAUAUAUCUCUAUAUAUAUAUAUAUAUAUAUAGAGAGAGAGAGAGUUAGGGAGAGAGGUUAAAAUGACUUCUUAGAGUAGGAGCGCAAGACAACGUCUGUCACUGUCUGCUGAUAAAGCUUUUGACAGUUUUUGUAUAAUCUAUAUAUUGAAAAAAUAUCUAUUUAUACAUGCUUUUAAAUAGUAAAUAUCUGAUUGUAACCAAUCAGAAAACAGCAUUUGAAGCUGUAGCCUACAUGUGCAUGCUUUUCACACAUGCUCUUUUGAUUUGUAGGAGGGAACCUCUGCCCUCUAGUGGUAGCAGUAGAGAAGUUCUAUAUUGGGAUGGAAGUUUGAAUUGUAAGAGACUGGUCAUAUUCAUUCUACAUCAAAAACGCUGUAUCGACUCUGUCAAACAGGAAAACUCUGACCCCAUGACAUCCAUGUGUAGCUAUUUUAAUUUUUUCAGCAUUUUUAUUUUUAUGAAAAUCACAAACUCCCCUGUCUGCACAAAGAUGGACUGUUGUGAGCCGAUUGUACAGCUCUAAUUUGCUGUUCAUAUUAUAUGGUUUAGAAGUGUAUUUUGAAUACUUAUGUCUAAUUAGCUACAGGGUUAUUAGCUACAGUUCAAUGACAUGUUCACAGCAAACACAGAGCCAAAUGAACCGGUCUCAAGACUUGGUUUACAUUUGUUAGUUAAUCUGUUAGGGCCCCAGUUGCUAGAAAUUGGUUAUUUCAGUGUUACUGUUUCAUUUCUCAACAGUGGUUUUAUUAUUAUUAUUAUUAUUAUUAUUAUUAUUAUUAUUAUUAUUAAUAUUAUACUUGUGUACAUUUGUUCAAAUAGAGAAGUAUGAGUAAGGAUUUAUGGUUUAGGACCUGUAAAUUUGAAUACUUGUAUAUUUGUUUUUCUUUGUACAUACAACAUUUGUUGUUUUGUUUUGUACUCCAUGGAUAAAAUUCAGAUGUCCAUUAUAUAUAUUAUCAGUUUAAUGUAAACAUUAGACAAGGUUUUACUUGUUACUGUAUUAUAAUGAAGGAAAUUAUGGUUUUUAUUAUCUGUGAAAGUGUAUAGUUCUUUAUUUGUGUCGUUUUUCUGAUUGUACUUUAAGAGGAUUCUUCGAGCUUGUGCCUUGCAGUAUUCAAACCCUUGCACUUUAUGACAUGGGAAAAAGAGCACACUGCGUAGGGAGGUCACACAAGAUUGAUCUCCAGGACUUUUCCCUCCAAAUUAUAAUGGGGUUCAGUGUUAACUCAUCCACACAGAGAUCCACUGUAUGCCAGUGGUAUCACUGCUAGCAUUUCAGCCCCUUUAAAUUAGGACUGUGAAAUUACGCUUGCCCUAACACAUCAAUUCAGAGAGGAAUAACUGAAAGAGGAUCAACAGCAUGAAAUAGCAAAAGUUCAACAGCACACGUCUUGACAAAAUACUACCACUAUGUCAGUUGUUAAAUGCACAUUAUCAAAUGGUUUUCAGUACCUGUGGUUGUACAUGGAAUGCAGGAAUAUUGAAUCCUUUUAAUUAUAUUUUCAAGGAAUGUUCAUAGUCUGAACCUAAAAAUGAAUCAGAGGAAUGAAAGAGUGAGUGGAAAAUGUAAGCUGUGUCCUUCUGGUACAUAGAGCUUACUACACUGCUCAUCAAUGUAUGAACUAUAAAUAGGGAUAGACAAUUUAUGAAAGUCUCUUUUUAUAUGUACAAUAAAUUGUUGUUUUAACUUA